CGUUCUCCCUCGAUUUUAUCCAUAUUAAAAAAAAAACACAUUCUCUCUCUAAAUUUUUCUCUCCGACCUCUCUCUAAAAAACUAACACCACCGCCCAUAUUCGCUUUCAAUCCAAACCUUCACCUUGUGAUGUAGUUGUGCAUGGUGGUGGUGCACUGAGCGGCUGUUUCCCUCCACACUACCUUCGUCCAAAUCGGUGCCGGAGUUGCUUGCUCAAGGUUUGGUGGUCCAUUUUCGUUUUAGAUAUACUUUGUCUGAGUUUCAGUUUUGGUUCCGAUUUGGUUCAAUCAACACCGCCUGGUCGCGUGGUGGUAGCGUCGGCGUCGCAGUGGGUGUUUUCCGGCGGUUGUGGUAUUUUGGCGCAUAUCGGGAGGUUUGGAGUGGUUUUUGGUGUUGCCUCUAUGGUAGUCAGAUUCCAUGGUGUGGUGGUGAUUGGAGGUGCUGAGUGGUGGUGGUGGUGGGUGGUUUUGUUUGGUGUUGAGUUGCGAUGGUGGUGAUGUUGAAAGAUGGUGGUUUUGUUUUGGUGUUGAGUUGUGCUCUGCUUUCCGGCGAGCUCUUCCGUUUCACCGUUGUCGAUCGCUGAGCCUCUUUGAUCCUCAUCUGUUUGAUGCUCCUCUCCAUGUCGGAAAGUUGUUUUUGUUGUUGUUGCGGUUUUGGGCUUUGUUGGUUCGAAUUUUGUGUUGGUGCGGAUCUCGUAACUUGUGCUGGUGCGGAUUUGGAUUUUGUUUCGGCGGUUUGUUGUUGUUUUCUGGCGGGUGUGGUGGUUCGAUGCAGAUUCAUAGGUUUGGUGAAAUAUUGGGGGUUGCGGUGGUGAGUCUCGUUUGGAGUGGCGGUGGCAACCGAGGUUUUUAGUGUUGCGGUGGUGGUUCUGAAGGUCUUGAGGUGGUGGAUGCGAUGGUUCUGAGUUGAGGGGGUGUGAUGGUGUUGGUUCUGGCGGCACUGGGGUGUGGUUGAUGCCGUGUGUGAAUGGCUUUCGACGGUUGAGAAAGAGAAGAUGACGGAGAAGACUAGGAAUGCAAGUGAAGAGGAUCUUAAACAUGGCAUGUUUUUAGAUAUUGUACUCUCAUGGACCUUCGAGGAUGUUCUAAAUGAAAAUCUUUACAAUGACAAGGUUCAUAAGAUCCCAGAGACAUUUAAGUCAACAACAGAUUACAAGAACUCUUUUAUUCCUCUUUUGUGUGAGGAAACACAUUCUGAUUUAUCUUCAAGCUUGUAUGGCGUGUCUCGAGCUCCUUUCUGUGAAAUAGAAAGAGUUGAAGGAAGCAAGGAAAUGAAACUUCCCAAAAGUCGACAGCAAUUCAAACAGUUCCAUCAUAUCAUAUGGUUGAAGAGUACAACUGAAUCUAAUAGAGUUGAAACUGGUGAUGGAAAUUAUGAACCUGGUUCAGGAGAUCUCAUUGCUAUCACAACCAUUAGGCCUAGAAGCUUAAAUGACUUGAACACACUAAAAAGUCCUUACCAUAUCGCCUAUGUUAAUGGAUCGAAAAAUGGAUCAUCUGAUAGAAUCACAGUACUGUCAUCCAAAUCUAUGGAGAUGGAUAUUGAACAUGAUUCGAGGAGAAACAAUACGCAGAAACUGUAUGCGGUUUUCCUUAUGAACAUGAUAACAAAUGUUCGUAUUUGGAAAGCCUUGAACACACAGUCAAACGGGGAUCACCUCAGCAUUAUUGAAGAAGUAUUGCAACCUGGUCUCAACUGUGGAGAGAACUGCAAAAUGUGCAUGUCUGGUUCGAAUAGUCAAGUUUCUUUCAUUACAAAAGACAUAAUUCGUUCUCAGAAUCUGAAUGAAUCCCAAGAAGACGCUGUUUCAAGCUGUGUUGGUAUGAUAAAUUGUUCUCAUUCUAGUACCAAACUUAUUUGGGGACCACCAGGGACAGGGAAAACAAAGACAGUUGCAUGCUUGUUAUUUUCUCUACUCAAGUUAAAAACCAGAACAUUAACUUGUGCUCCGACUAAUACUGCAGUUUUGCAAGUGGCAACUAGGUUGCGAAGUUUAGUUAUGGAUUCCCUUGAGCAUGAUUCAUAUGGUUUAGGUGACAUUGUCCUAUUUGGCAAUGGUAAAAGAAUGAAAAUAGAUAGUUAUCCUGGCCUUCAAGAUAUUUUUCUUGAUUAUCGUGUAAAAAAUCUCAUGAAAUGCUUUGCUGAAUGGAAGCAUAACUUUAAAUCGAUGAUCGAGUUACUUAGGGACCCUAAAGAGCAAUAUUUUUUGGAGAUUUUCCAAAAGGAUUUUGCUAUGAAAAAGAAUAGCACUAUAGCAUAUGCAUAUCAUGCAUGCAAGAGGCAAGGUCUUGUUAUGAAGUUUGAGGUAUUUGUUCAAACUGCAUGGAGAGACAUCACAAAGCUAUACCAAUUAGAUGAGAAAGAUAGAAAGGAAUGUUUGUUGACGACCGAGCAAUUUGUGAAACAGAAAGUUGAGAAAUUAAGAAUGAGUGGCCUCAAAUUCUUGAUACAAACCAUGUACACAAACUUAGUGCAGUUGUUCGAGAACCCUAGAGAUAAAAUUUUCUCAAAGAUGGGUUAUAAGUCCUUUGAUGAUUUUGCUAUGAAAAAUACUUUAGGAUCAACGUAUUGUUCAUACAAGCAAAAUAAGGGGAAAGAUAAAUAUGAUGAUUCUGUGACGUUUGAGGAUUAUGUGAAGAGGGCUAAGAAAGACAUUAUAGAGCUAUACCAAAGUAUCAUGACUAUGGAGCAAUUUGUGAAGAAGAGAUUUGGAGAAUUAAGAGAGAAGCUCAAGUUCUUGCUACAUACCUUAUACACCCACAUGCCAAAAUCUUUCAUUUCAGUGAACAAUAUGCUCCAAGCUCUUGACUUGUUAAAAUCACUAGAAAUUUCUUUGAGUAAAGCCAAAUUUAAGAAAAUUGUUGAUGAUUGUGAAGAAGAAUGCAUUCCUUCUUGCUUUGGACCAUCAAGCUUGGAAAGAAAUGAGUGCCUUCGCAUUCUAAGCUCGCUUUUUAACUCAAUUUCACUUCCUGAAUUUCAAGCGAAAGAUCAAGUAGAAAAGUUUUGCUUGUCAAAUGCUAGUCUAAUUUUAUGUACUGCAUCAAAUUCUAUUAAACUUUACACAGAAGGGUUGAGACAUGUGCAAUUUUUAGUUAUUGAUGAAGCAGCUCAGCUAAAAGAAUGUGAAUCAACAAUUCCUUUGCAGCUGCCAGGUCUCUGUCAUUGUAUCUUAAUCGGUGAUGAGAGACAACUCCCUGCGUUGGUAAAAAGCAAGAUUGCAGACAAGUGUGAAUUUGGACGAAGUAUGUUCGAGAGGCUGUUGAUUUUAGGUUACAAGAGGCACAUGCUUAAUGUUCAGUAUAGAAUGCAUCCAUCAAUCAGCUUAUUUCCAUCCAAAGAGUUCUAUGAUGGAAAACUUACUGAUGCCUUCAUUGUUAGGGAAGAAAGAUAUAAUAAACGUUUCCUUGAAGGAAAAAUGUAUGCUCCUUAUUCUUUCAUUAACAUAGCUAAGGGUAAAGAGCAAUUUCAUCGUGGACACAGUUUGAAGAACAUGAUUGAGGUUGCUGUAAUUUCCAAAAUACUUGAAAGCCUUAAACAAGAGUUUAUGAAGACAAAGAAAAAAGUUAGCAUAGGAAUCAUAUCUCCAUACAAUGCUCAAGUUUAUGAAAUUCAGGAGAAAGUUAAGCAGUAUACUUUUGCUUCUGAUACCGAAUUUUCUGUUAGUGUUCGUUCUGUUGAUGGUUUUCAAGGUGGUGAGGAAGAUAUUGUAAUAAUGUCUACUGUAAGAUCAAAUGAUUGUGGAAAAGUGGGGUUUCUUGCCAAUAGACAGAGAACUAAUGUGGCAAUCACUAGAGCUAGAUAUUGUCUUUGGAUAAUAGGGAAUGCUAAUACUUUAAUGGACAGUCACUCUAUUUGGAGAAAUGUAGUUAUUGAUGCUAAAAUAAGAGAUUGUUUCCAUAAUGCCGAUGAGGACAAGAAAUUGGCUGGGGCUAUUGAGGAUGUCUUGUUAGAGCUUGAUCUACUUGAAGAAUCUGAUUCACUAUUUAAGAAGCUAAGUUUAGGUGGAAAAACAGAAAAGUCAACUACUUCCUCCAGCUCCAGGAUAAUGAAACCAAGGUGGUGAAGCAUGAGGCUCGUGUAUUCUCUUAGGAAAAGAAUUUAACCUAAGGAGUUGUUUGGAUGAAUCAAAAUUUGUGACGGUUUAUAACUUGUCUCAACUUAUCUCCAACUCAGUGUUCUAUUCUAUUCUACUUGAAAUUCAUGCUAGUUUAUUCCUGAAUUCACA